AUGCCUCGAUGGCUAAUGACGCAGCCCUCCUCCAGUUCGCCCUUAACCGGUUGUCUGAUGGAACCCUUUCUGGCGGCGAAUCAUAACAGUGCAACGUUCCCUUAUGAACAACAUCAUAACAUCAUGCAGGUGGGUGCUUUUCAAUUGUUUGUUGGUUUUUAGGUAUGAAGGCAGGAAGUUUUUUGGUUUUUAGGUAUGAAAAGGGAAGCUUUUGAUCUUUAGGUAAUGAAACAAGUUUUGUUUUAAUUUCAAAUAAUAGAACAUGAUUUUUUUUCGAUUUUUGAGUAUAAAACACUAGCUUUUGGAAUUUCUAUGUACCAAAAAACAAAAUUUUUAUAUUUUUAGGUAAUAAAAAAUAAACUGUUUCUAUUUCCAAUCGUCGAGACUUUAUAUUUUUAAGUUUGCUAUUUAAUUCUUAUUAAAACAAGAUUCUUUUAGCCCAGCUCAUCUGGUGUGUCGCAUACGAAAGUCGAUCGGAAUGUAGCUACACCUUCAUCGUCAAGCAGUUCUGGUCAAGAUCCAUGUGCUCAGGUCGUUCAGGUCUUGCUAUGCUAUCAUCAGGUAAGUUUUUUACAUUAUUUUCUUGAUUUUUAGGUAAUAAAAAUAGAAGAAAUGGCAUUAAAACGGCCGAAGAGCGCGGGAAGAUACCUAAAUUAAGGAAAAUUUGUCGAAAAACAUUAUAAAUGACUAUAGUUUUUGAGUUUUUUCAAAGAAUUGGUAAUAAAAAUUAUUAAGAAGAGUUUUUUAGAUAUUAUAGUAGACUAGUAUGUUGAAAUUUUUCUGUUUCAGGGUGGAGAAGAUCCGGAUUUUAUUAAGAAAGCCAUUGAAAGCCUGGUGAAGAAGCUGAAGGACAAGCAGAAAGAGCUGGAUGCUCUAAUAUCAGCUGUUACUUCAGGUGGGAAGCAAGCUACGUCGUGUGUUACUAUCAAUGUGAGUGUCGUAAUCGUGCACAAGAGUUUACUUUCGAUUUGUGUGCCAUAAUAUAGUACUAUAAGGUAAUCUUUUUUUGUUUUAGCGCUCCCUGGACGGACGUCUUCAAGUAGCUGGUCGAAAAGGCGUACCACAUGUUGUAUAUACGCGUAUCUGGCGUUGGCCGAAUGUCUCGAAGAAUGAGCUACAGAAGCUACAGAUGUGCACCACUCCCUCAGAUCAUCCUGACCUAAUAUGUAUAAAUCCAUUUCACUAUGACCGUGUGGUAUCUUCCUCAAUUGGUGCUAUCGAUAUGAAUUCAUUGAGGAUGGAGCACUUACGUACUGACUUUAUUGGUCGUACUGGGCAUGGCAUGGGUAUUGGAACAUCUGGUGCAAAUAUUGGAGCAAAUGGUGCUACAUGUUCUAAUGGUGCUCUUGGUACGGUUAAUCAUAACGGAAAUGCAAAUGUUGAUAAAAUGGCUGGAUCAACUAGUACUAAUGGGACCAAUAUUGGAUUCAGCCCAUGCGUACAAUCUCCAGGGGCUUCUGAAUCUGUUCUACAAGAAAAAUUGUUGACGCCUUUUAUGUAUGGUCCACAUCAACAGCCAUCGUACAUCGUAUCUCAUUUAUCGACCGGCGAUGCUGUAGCUAACAAUGCUACAGUGUCAAAUUCAAAUACCGUAUCUCAUAUGGCAACAUACAGUAAUAGUCAGUCGUUAGCAAAUGGUACUAUUUCAAGUUUAUCAGCUGAUGGUACACUAUCAAACUUGACUUCGAAUGAUACUAAUGGUGCAGGAUCUCAUUUACAUGGUGCAGAUGGUGUAAUAUCGCACAGUUUCGCACCAAAUGCUAAGGAUUGGUGCAAAAACGACUUUAAUUUGCAGGAUUUCCCUUCAGGAUCAAAGGAAAAUGGCAAUACUUAUGGUGCACGAUAUAAUACUUUGAGGCACAAUCUUAGCAGGAUACGAAUACCAAAUGCUUGUCGUAAGUUUAACAUAGUGCUAUAUAGUACGCUGUAAAUAAAUUUUAAUUAAGAGGUGAAAAAAUAUCAAUUUUCAAGUUUGUCUCGUCAGAAAUGGCAAAAACUUUGUUUACAAGCCAAAAAUUUCAAAAAAUUUAAAAUUUCUUUUUAGCGGUGUCUCACUGGUGCUCGAUCUCGUACUAUGAGCUGGAUACUCAAAUUGGCCAAACCUUUAAAGUGCCUCGAGAUCAAUCGGAAGUUACAAUCGAUGGUGGUAUGGACCCGGCUGGCGCUAGGCUUGGCCGUUUUUGCCUCGGGGCGUUAUCCAACGUGCAUCGUAGCGAAGCUUCUGAAAAGGCACGGUAAGAACAUUAGUUUAUAUAAACCUUGUGACUGAUAUUUAUGUAAGUAACUAAUUUAGUACUACUGGUACUUCUUUUAACCUAAAAUUUUAAUUCUUUUAACUUUGAUUUUAUAGGCUCCACAUUGGCCGAGGAAUCAAGCUAAAACAAACUCCAGAUGGCAAUGUAUAUCUAACUUGUUUAUCUCAAAAAGGAGCAUUUGUUAGAAGUUAUUUCCUGGACUUUGAACAUGGUUUAGUGUAUGGUAGUACUGUGCACAAAUUCAGCAUUGGUGCAGAGAAGAAGGUAUGUUAAUUUUUUGUUGAACCAAAAGUGGCACAGAUUUUGUUUUACGAUUGAAAUAUGCGUCUAGUUUUGAAUUUUAAAAAGUGGCUGUUUAGUGGAAGAUUUGUAAUGCAAAUUGCACUGAAAAUCUUCCACUGAACUUUCAUCUUUAAAAAGUGUUUAAAAUUGAUUUUUAGACUAUUUCUGAACUUUUAUAAAAAUGGAAGUUCGGUGGAAGAUCUUCAAUGCAAUUUGCACUGAAAAUCUUCCACUUAACUUUCGUUUUUUAAAUUUUGAAAAUUUAUGUUUUUUAAAGUUUUUUUGUUAUUUCUAGUCAUAUUUUAAUUAAAAAAACCAUUUUUUAGAUUUUCGACCUCCGCUGGGCCUUUUCAGAGAUGUGUGAACAACGUCAAAGUGCCCAGCUAGCUGUAGCCGCUCAAGCCUACGCUGUAGCUGGUAUAAUGCAGAACGUGAUCGCACCGUCCGUGCUGGAACGAGCUGGAACUGGUGUGGACGACUUGCGACGGGUUUGUUGUACAUUGGCCAUAAGCUUUGUGAAAGGAUGGGGAACGGGCUACAAUCGUUCCACGAUCAAAGAGACACCGUGCUGGAUCGAGGUGCAGCUUCAUCGCCCGCUACAGUUGUUGAAUGGGAUUCUGCGGAAAACGGAGUGA